AAUCAAACAUUCUACAAUAGUCACAACUGCCCGCCAUGCCGGUUCCUGCUCUAUCAGAGGCUGAUCUUGAUCGCCGAAAGAACGUCGGCAUCAAUCUUGAAACCGUCACCCAUGUUCAGUCUACCGAUUUUCCUGGCCAUUAUCCCGGAGAAGAUCACUCUUGGAGCUUAGAGAAAUUCCGGAAUAACCUCCGUGUUGAAUUCCACCACAACGAUCAAUACGACGCCAGCUUCUCCCUCAUCGGGGUCGAUGCCGCCAUUGCCAAUGCCUUUCGCCGUAUUCUCAUUUCCGAGGUUCCCUCUCUCGCCAUUGAAUAUGUCUUCAUUCACAACAACACCUCCAUUAUCCAGGAUGAGGUGCUGGCGCACCGUCUCGGACUCGUCCCUUUGACCGGCGAUAAGGCUGGUCUCAACUGGCUCAAAUGGUUCAAGAAACCUACCGAGGAAGACCCCGAGGGUUCCGAGCCAAGCGAUUACAAUACCGUCGUGAUGAAGCUGCAAGUUGCAUGCUCGCGCAAUCCGGCCGCCGCCAGGGGCGAGACGGAUCCAACCAAGCUAUUCCACAAUGCUCACGUCUACGCUCACCAACUUACCUUCCACCCCGCCGGCCGUCAGCGUGAUUACUUUUCCUCUCCCGAAGGCGCCAUCCGCUCGUUCCACCCUAACAUUCUCCUUGCCAAGCUGCGUCCUGGCCAGGAAAUUGACCUUGAAAUGCACUGCAUCAAGGGUAUUGGCGCCGAUCACGCCAAAUUCUCACCGGUAGCUACGGCCUCGUAUCGACUUUUUCCCGACAUUAAGAUUAUGCGGCCCAUUCUUGGGGACGACGCAGUCAAGUUCCAGACAUGCUUCCCCAAGGGCGUCAUUGCGCUCGAAGACGUCACUGAAGAGGAGGCCUCGCGGGUGGGCUCCGGCUACGAGGGUCACGUAGGCGAGAAGAAGGCAGUCGUGGUGAACCCAUACAAGGAUACGGUCAGCCGAGAGUGUCUCCGACAUGACGAGUUCAAGGACAAGGUCAAGCUUGGACGGGUUCGGGACCAUUUUAUUUUCCAUGUUGAAAGCACGGGCCAGUAUGACAGUGAUGAGCUGUUCAUUGAGAGCGUUAAGGUGUUGAAGGUCAAGUGCCAGCGGAUGAAGCGGAGUCUUGCCAGCAUGAUGCGCUGAGCAGUGAGGAUCCUACACUUAAGCCCUGCUUGUUUCUUUUCAUUUUUUUACCUGAGCAUUUUUCCCGGCGUUUUGUUGAUUGGGGGUUGGACUUAGAGAAAAAGUAGUUCUUUUCAUAUUCUUCUUUACAAUUUCCUUUACGAAGGAUCUAUUUAUCAUUGAUCUCUGUUAUCACAACAGGUGUAUACAUGUAUUGUAUAUACUAAAUAGUUCUGCAGGGA